AUGAACAAGGCGAUCAACGAGCUGAAGCAUGGCCUCAGAUCUUCAAGCUCCAAGAAGGACGAGGACGACAACGAGGAAGAGUCUGUUGGAGAGGAGGAGGACUCUCACCUCCGCGACAAAGGAAAGAGUAUAAAAUUUAACUCGAUGAGGAGGAGUUUGCCGGCCCACAUCGUUCACCUCUACGACACCGAGGCCCUUUCGAAGCCAAGUCCUCGCGAGUUCAGGACGCAGGUGAUCAACCAGCUGUUCACGAAGUUGAAGAACGGCAGAUACUCGUUGAAUACGGAGAAACCUAUGUUUCAAGAGGCCAAGAAGCUCUACGAGCGCAAAUACGGCAAGGAUUCCGAGACCGGAUUGCCGAAGAGCGUGUUGAAAGGGCUCUACUUUCAGAACUCGGAGAGCGCCUUUCAAGAGGCCAUUAGCAGUGGCGAUGUGUACGUCAUGAACUCCGAGGAUGGUGUGGAGUUCUUCGGCUUUCGCAAGAUCGAAGCUGGGCGCGAGAGGGGCACUACUCGGGAACAGAGUGUCCUCAAGGAGAAGAAGAUCACAGCUGAUCAGUCCAACUGCUUGGAGGACUUGUUGGAGCAGCUGAAUUGGAGCUUCAAUUGGAAGAAGACGGACGCGAAGUCCAUGGUCGAAGGGGAGAAGCUUCCUGAGUCAGUUCUGAAGCUGCUCACACAGGCCAUCACCAGUGAGACCAAGCUGUCGGACUACAAGGGUUUGAAGCUCCUGUACACCGAGAGCCAGACGCAUUUGUCUGACCUGAAGCACAUCAAGGACUUCAAGGAGUUUCCUGGCGACAAGGACCCCCCUCUGACCAAGGAAGCCUUCGAUUUGCGCAUGAAGAAGGUCGCGGCCCAUGCCCAGAAGUUGAACGAGGCCAUUGAAAGCACCAAGGGAAAGAUGAAGGAGGGCGACACGGGGUAUCGCACUCUAGACAAAUUCUUUGAUCUCCUGGCUUGGAGUUUCGAGUUCAUGUUCAAGGGGAUUCACCCCACUUGCAACGCACAGGGGGAACCGAGCGAACAGUUGGAGCAACUUUACUCCAUCAGCGCCUUGGAGGGGCCAGCUGUGGACCUAUGCUACUUGGAGCGCUUGGGGCGGCAGAAGCAGAUGCCCUCUGUUAUGCCUGGAUCACCGCAGCAAAACCUUGAUCUUUUGUGGUCUGAAAUCAAACACCUCUACCACCAGCACAAUACAAAGGUCAGGUACCGGUAUUUGAACAAGUUGACGAUGUUCCUUCGGCAAAAUGGCACGCCCAAGCUCCGCGGCAAGGCCGGCGAAAUUCGCCAUUUUGCUGAUAUUAUUGUGCAUUUGUGGCAAAGACACAUGUCUUCAGAGUUGCUUGUACACAAGCAAAUUCAUCAACUUCUGAAGCUUAGUGCGCGCGUGGAGCAGCUCAUCACGGACAACCGUGAGGAAAUCGCGUUCCCUGCGCCUGAGGCCAGGAAGUUCGCCAAGGCAUGUCAGGAGAUGUUGAGCCUCCACGCUGUGUUGGCCAAUCACUUUGCCGAAGAAGAGACUGACCUGUUCACCUUGACCAGCAAGUGUCACAUGCUGCAGCACAUUUCCUUGUUGGCUGGUUGCAUCAACCCACGUUUAGUGUGGUGCUGUUCCGGCGAGGACAUGCAAAACCGCGUGCAACAACUCGCACAGGCAUCUGUCAAGGGCAACAACGCUGCGUCUGCAGUCAACAAGAUC